ACGGCUAGUUCCUGAUGAGUGUUGCGUGGGGACGCCUGAUUUAAAGGGGCCGCGCCCUCGAGCCGAACCUCUCCCCUGCUCACCAGGUGGGGGAAACGGGUCGUGGGAGGGCACCUCGGGGAAGGGCUCACGAGUACAGCUAUGGAUCCUGAUGACAUAGAAGAGCUGGCAGCGGAGCUUCAAGGGAAGACUGACGGUGGCUGGGGCCUUGUGAAGCUUGCAGCAGGCACAGGUUUUGCUGUCUAUGUUAUGUGGGCAGGAGUUCUCAUGCCUGGCUUCCGCAGAGUGCCUUUAAAGUUACAGGUGCCAUAUGUACCAUCAAGUGCCAAGCAAGUUGAGAAUGUGAUGUCACUGCUGAAAGGACGCUCUGGGAAGAUGGUGGAUUUAGGGUCAGGAGAUGGCAGAAUUGUAUUAGAAGCAUAUAAACAAGGCUUCAGACCAGCUGUUGGCUACGAACUCAACCCCUGGCUGUUGAGACUCUCCAACUAUCGCGCUUGGAGGGCUGGGUGUUACGGGAAGGUUUUCUACCAACGGCAAGAUCUAUGGAAGGUAAACCUGUCUGACUGCAACAACGUCUCUGUGUUCCUAGCUCCCAGUGUGCUAUCUCUCCUAGAAACAAAGCUGCUUGCAGAACUGCCGGACGAGGCCCGGGUGGUGGCUGGACGCUUCCCCUUUCCCACCUGGAUGCCAACCACCAGUGUUGGAGAGGGUAUAAACAGAAGCUGGGCCUAUGACAUCAAGACUGUACGGCAAACAAGGCAGAACAAACCUGAGGGAUGCCCAGAAUGAGUCAAGAGCUCAGCUACAGCUAGGGUUUAUAGUCUGGACAAUAGCAUUGGAGCCUCUGCAGAUGUGUGCACUUUUUUAGCCCCUCAGAACUGCUCUGGUGGGCAAAUGCUGCCAUAGUGUGACAGCUCAGCUGAAUAGCCCAGCAAGCAUGGGAGAGGAGGGGGUUGCGAUGAGCAGGGAGGGGUGAUGAUUUGUCAGACUUUAUGCCACAUGCUCUCGCUUCCCUAGAACCAGAAUCCUGGACAGCCUUUGAACUGGGGAAUUGGGCUGGAAAUCCCCAAAGAACUGUCACAAGACUGAAGAGCUGAAUCUUUGAUUCUUGUUUAAAACAACUCAUUUCUCUUAAUUUAUUUGCAAUUAAUUUUCUGACAAUAAAAGGGCUGCAGGACUUGGUUCAUCCUUCUGGCAGGGCUGGGGGGGUGCCCGCCCCUCACUGUAGACAGAGCCAUUGUGGACUGUGUUCAGAAUUCCCUGGGAGGAAGGCUCAGUAAUGCAGUUUCUCCAAGUCUCUCUCUUUCUCCCUGAUAACACUGCUCUACAGCCAAAAUGCUUCUGAAAUAAAUGUAGUCCAACUUUACUAAUUCUGGGUCACUGAGAACAAAAAUGAUGCUUAAAAUUGUUGAUUGGCUCUAGUUUUCAAGAUAUGCUAUUGGGUCAGUAUAUACGACCCUUGAUUUGGGAAUGGCGGAGGAUAAAUGAGUUAUAAAGGGAACGGAUCGCAAUUUAAACCAGAAAUGACUAAAAUACAUCUUUGACUGGAUCUAUGAAUAAAUCUAUGACUGGG